GACUUGUCUAUCAUCGUGGUCCAUAGUACUAUGUAAUAUGCCAGACCUAGAUCCGAGUCGGCCUUCCCGACACGUAACAAAAUGGUCUGGCCUCGUGUUCCCCGCCUCAAAGUCUGCACAAAUCUCAGGCUGUCAAUAGGAUCAGCUCCCACUACCACCUUCGGUUCUUCUAGCGUUUUCAUCAUUUGAUCUACAUCAACAGCGACGCCACACAUCAACUGCUCAAGGGUUGAAGCUUCUUUCCUGGUUUUCAAGCAUGUCCGAACCAACAGCAGCACAGCUCAAAGACGAGGGUAACGAGCUAUUCAAGAAGCAAGACUAUGUCGGGGCAAUCAUAAAGUACACCGAGGCUAUCGCUUUAGAUGAUAAUGCUAUUCUGUAUGCGAACCGCGCUGCUUGCAAUUAUGCCCUGAACAAAUUUCUAGAUGCUGUGGAUGAUGCGCACAGGAUAUUUCUACUACACGCUACGGAGAUUGAUCCGGGUUAUGCAAAAGGGUGGUCGCGACUGGCAGCAUCGAGAGACGCGCUUGCGGACUGGGGGAAAAGCGCCCAUGCUUGGCAGAAGGCACUGGAUGCACUACCAAAAACCAAGCUCAGCCCUGCAGAGCGACAACAAAAAGACCAAUAUACUGCCUGUCUGAGAGCAGCGAAUGCGCGUUUAGAUCAGCCUAUCGUCCCUCUCUCGGUGAAUGAAAAGUUGGGCAAGUUCCCUUGGCAGAUUGCGACGGAUAUGCUUCCUGAGCUCCGGGAAGCGGGUCAGGCAAAAGUGUCUAGCAGUGCUUGGGUCAUCGCACUUGCGUAUGACGAAUUCAACAAUGGAGUGGAAAUGAUGAAGGGUAUGAAAAAAACACCUCAGCCUGGAACGCCAGAUGCCUUUGUGUACCACGGAAACCUAGAGGGGUUGACGCUCUUGAGCAAUGGUUUCAUGCGUGACGAUCGCGUCUUUCAUAUCAAUCAACCUAACUGGAUUGACAUGUAUAAUCAACAAGUCUUUUUCGAAGUUACGGCUCGCAAGGCUUGGAAUUCUGAAGGACUCGAGACCGUCAAGGAACUGGCGCGGAAACGCUUGAAGGAGAAUGGCUGGGAUGAUGUACGCCCCGCAUUGGCUGUGACUAUUCGUGGAUGGAUAAUGAGAGCUGCAUUAGAAGGCGGUUUAAGACAACAGCCUCAAGCUGGUGUCGAGUAUUACAGACGAGCUCUCGACUUGGUCGAAUGGGGAAGAACUAUUUGGAAGGAUGUUCCCAAAUCCAGCAGGGGAGUGGUCUUCGAGCAUUCGUUCUUGAUAGGCGUCCGUAGCUUGUACCUCAAGAUGUUCAUGAACGCUUACAGCUCCGACCCUGGCUUGAACUCAAAGUUCCCCCUUGAACAGCUAAAGGAAGAAGCUGAGGACCUCCUCAAAGAGACCGACAUAGCCUUACGGACACGCGAUAAUGAGCCUGUGGACCCCGGCUUCGUAUCAUCUUUUAUCGCUUACCCUUGUGGACUUGCUCAUGCAAUGCUCGGAUUCUAUCACGUGCAAUCGGCCCGAUACGCCAGUGAUCCCAUGGAAAGGAUGUUUAGCUUUGUGAAAGCGGCAGAUGAGUACACGAGGGCAUCCAGCAGAUACGCCGAAGAUGAUGAGUUACGCGCAUGGUACCUAAAUUGUACCAUGGAUUGCGUGCGAAAUGCCGGUGCCCCCGUUGACAAUUUCCUCAUGGUGGCUUUCGGUUUGCGGGAUACUGUACCCAAGAUGAAGAAAAUAUGGGCAAUUUCUGAGCUGGCCUUGGGUGGGAGAGAUGAGAAAAUACAAGAGAAUUUGAAUAGGGCGGAUGAACUCAUGAAGCGUCUCACCGACAAGACGUUAACACUUGAAGAUCCCGUGCCUUUGUAAUCACGACUUUCAUACAUGCAUGUACUUGUAAUGUUCUUGUUUACACGUAGCCAUACUUGAAGCAACUGCUAAUUUUGAAAGAAUUCUCGC